GUACGGAAAGCGUCGAGGUUCAUUCACUGACAGCGCGUUCUUUCCCAGAAGCCUUUCCUCAUAUUGUACACAAUCAUCAUGGCGGCGCAGGAUGGAAGUGAGGUAGUAGGAAUGGACGCAGAGGUCGUGCAGAAAGCACCAGAAGUUUCAUGUGAAGCUGCUGGACAAAGCCACACAGCAGCUGAGACUGAACAAGCGUUACUUACUGAUGGAGAAAGCACGUCAACUCAGCCUGCUGCUGUCAGCAAUGGAGAGGAAAGCGAUGAGGGGAAAGAGAUGGUGGACGUGAAAAUUAUUUGGAACAAAAAUAAAUACGAUCUUAAAAUCCCUUUAGAUGGCACUGGAGCCAACCUAAAAGAAAAGAUUCACUCACUUACUGGUCUUCCCCCUGCUAUGCAGAAAGUUAUGUACAAAGGGUUGCUACCAGAGGACAAGACGCUUCGGGAAAUCAAAGUUACAAAUGGUGCAAAAAUAAUGGUGGUUGGAUCCACGAUAAAUGAUGUACUAGCUGUAAAUACACCCAAAGAAGUUAUUCAGCAAGACGUCAAAGCUGAGGAAAACAAAAAAGAACCAUUGUGCAGACAAAAGCAACACAGAAAAGUUUUGGACAAAGGAAAACCAGAUGAUGUCAUGCCUUCAAUUAAAGGAGCUAAGGAGCGCCUACCAACAGUGCCUUUAUCAGGAAUGUACAACAAGUCUGGUGGAAAAGUACGACUUACUUUCAAACUGGAACAGGAUCAAUUGUGGAUUGGAACAAAAGAAAGAACGGAAAAAAUCCCAAUGGGUUCCAUCAAAAACGUUGUGACUGAGCCAAUAGAGGGUCACGAGGACUAUCACAUGAUGGCAUUUCAGCUGGGUCCGACAGAAGCUUCACAAUAUUGGGUCUACUGGGUGCCUGCACAAUUUGUCGAUGCAAUCAAAGACACAGUCCUUGGGAAAUGGCAGUAUUUUUAACGUGCCUCUAUAGACACUGAAGAAUUGGGAUUCAGAAACGAUGGAAACAUUGACUGGAGCCUACACAAUAAUCUGAAGAACUGAUUUUUUUGAAGUACACACAGAGCAAACCGAAGGAUUGCUGUUGGACAGAAUUUUUGGGGGGGUUUUAAGUGCACUAAGUGUCAGCAUCCCGUUUUUCAAACUGUUCUACCACCCUUUUUUUAAAGCAAUCCCAAGCAUAAACAGAGAAUUGUACAGAACUUGCAUAUGCGUUUCUCGUAGUUAUUCUGAAAGAAAUAAAAUUAUUUAAGGAAUAUGAUCAAUGUAUUUUAUCAAGUAAAAUCCUCAGUUUACUGUACAACACGAGCAAACUUGACAAAGUUGACACAAAGUGGUUAAUUUUACCAUCAAAUUUGUCAUGCAUAGAUUUUGACAAAUAAGCAGUGUUGUUACCUUCACAUGAAUUAAUCCAGGUUUAAUGUUAAAAAAUGCAUUUUACCACAUUCAUCUCAUCCCAUUUAAUUGAAACGUGUAGGUUGUUUUCUGUGUAUACACAGCAGAAUUACAGCCCUAACAACCAAACAUUUAUUUUUUAAUAAUGCAUUCUUUAAUAUUUUAAAUACCCAUGAAAAAGGUAAUGUUAUUUUAAAAAAUCUGGGAUGUCCCUAGCCCCAAACCCAUGUAUCAGGAAGAACAAUGUAAUACUGUGCUUUAAACACAAAAUCACAGUUGCAAUUUGCUAAUAUUCUGAAAUACAAUCAGAUCAUCAUGCAUGUUGUUUAUUUAAAACAUGGUGCUAACUAAGUUUUUUCAGUAUUAUUAUUUCAAUAAAGCCCCAAAAUC